AUGAAGCUUCUUGUCAUAAUUCUUGUCCUUCUUGCCUUAUGUUCAACCGCAGAGGAUUUAACCCCUGUGGAAGGGAUACCGUGUUCAAAAUAUCAAGUGGCUUUCAACCAGUCGUGCUAUGAGUUUGUGAGGCUCCAGCGCACGUUCACGAGUGCCCAGAGCUGGUGCGAGAGAGGAGGGGGCCACCUGGUCUUUAUUGAAAAUGAGGAAACCCAGACAUUUUUGCAGGAGCACAUCUCUGAGGACAAAGAGUGGUGGAUUGGGAUAACCUACAGUUCUGCCUCAAAUGAGACUACCGAAGGCUCCAUGGUUUGGCUGGAUACCUCGAAUAUCACCUUCACCAAGUGGCACCAAGAUCUGCCUUCAGUCCUCUUGUCUUCGUGUGGCUAUAUCCUGAAAAAUUCUGGCUAUGAUUGGGGUAUAACAGAGAACUGCAGCCAGGAAUUUGACUUUAUCUGCGAGUUUGAAUCAGGCAGCAGCAUUGCCUGUGACAAUUUCAACGCCACGGUGCAGUGUGGCUCCGGAGAAGUCAUUCAAAUUGGAGACAGCUUCUAUGGCCGGAAAACUCCUCACUACUGUGUGCUAGAAACUCCCUUGCAGUUUGAUGUGGAAGAAGAAUGCAGCUGGAUCAGUGUUAAGGAUGAAGUUGCAGGGCAGUGCCAUGGACUCCAAGCAUGCCAGGUAGCUGCUGAUGGGACCUUCUUUGGAGACCCUUGCCCAAGUUUGGGAAGCUAUCUGUCUGUUCAAUACCAUUGCAUGGAAGGCUUGCGGCUGGCUGUGACAGAGACAAGUGUAAUCUUUGAAAAUAUCACCAUAUCGCUGAAAUGGCUACUCUCUCCUUACUCUGGCAAUCUCUCCUGCAUAAUUAGCACUGGAGACGGGAACACUAUGGAUCCAUACUACCCACCAACCUUGUCCAGCAAUGUGACCCAUCGCUAUACUUCUCCUGGAGAAUUCACCAUCUUCGUGGAGUGCACAACCAGUGAAUGGCAUGUAACAGCUCAGAAACUGAUGACGGUUCAAGAUAAAAUGGACAAGCUUUUGGUCACCGGGUGCUUCAGCAAGUACGAAGUAGGAAACAACUCACUUUGCAGGACUCUUUAUGAGGAGACGUUAUGGAUUCAAGUGGAACUUAAUGGAGGUAGUGGAGUGACCUACACUGUGCUGGCUGAUAACGAGACUCUGAUGGAGUCCAGUGCAAAGACAGGAAUUGUGCCUCAUAAUCUGACCCUGGAUGGUGCAUCCCAGCAGCUGAUUGGUCCUGGGCUACAUCACCUUGAAAUCGUGGCGUCCAGCAACACCACAGAAACAGACAUUUCAGAAAUCCUCACCGUUCAUUUAGUCGAACCAAUCUCUGGUCUUCAGGCCACAUUAAGCUCCUCCUCUGUGGAAUCAGGAGAAGAUCUGGAGAUAAAAGUCUCUGUGUGUCAUGGUGCUCCUGAAAAACUGAGGUUUGAGGUGACUGGGUUGAAUGAGACAUUUUCCUACUUGAAGGACUUCCCUGAAGGAGAAGCAGAGACCUACAGAAUCCCAGUGAAGUCUGAAGGUACCUUUCUGGUCAAGGUGUUUGCUAUGAAUGCCUUCUCGAACAUGAGCAUUGAUGCAGGAACUGUCACCGUCUCAUCUAACAGUUCUCAUGAAGAAGAUACCCUUGAGGACGGAGAGAAUUCUAACAUGAAUGGUGAAAGAAGAGUUGAUGCCAAAGGGAAAAAUAAGAUCUAUAUUAAGCCCAGCCGCCAUGCCGGCCUCUUCACAACUAUUGUUCUUGGCUGGCCUGAUGACAGCAACAACUCUGUCUACACUUGGUCUUGUGGUUACUGCUGGCCAGAAUGGGAGCAAUGUGUGCAACAGCAAUCCAUCCCCACAGACCAAAGAGAGGUCCACAUCCCACCUGCCUGCUUACCUGCUCCCAGCUCCGCAGUGACUGUGAAAGUUACAGUCAAAAGCCCAGAGAAGGAAGAAAAGCAGGAUGAGCAAUGCCUCUACAUUACAGCAAAACAAGACCUGAGACCGCGAAUCAGCUGCGAGACAAACUGCAAACCAGUGAAUGUCACUGAAGAUGUUACGCUCCAAGUCUCCGCAGGAACAGACUCAAAGGCUACUCUGCACAAGUGGUACUUAGAUCAUACAUUCCACAGAAAGUCAAGUCCUCUCCCACCAAGCUGUAGCUUGAAUGUUUUCCCACAAAGCUCCCUCAAGUUGCUUCAAAGCGGCACAGCGACUCUGGUGCUCAACAGCACUUUCUUGCAAAGCCAAGGGGAAGCUUUUCGAAUUAAAGUAACAACAAUGAAUGAGCACAAAUAUGGUGAAGAAACCUACAUUGUCAGCACUGUGCCUCCUCCUGUAGCCCCAGUAUGUACAGUAUCUCCUGCGCAAGGAUCAGUACUCACCAGCUUCUCUAUCUCCUGUCACUCUUCCUGCCUGGUGGAUCGAUGCCUUCCAGUUGACACCCCCACACUCACCUAUUGCUUCUACUUGGAGCCAAACUCUCUCCUGCAUUGUGGACUAGAUUCUGCUCUACCCUCAGUUUACCUGCCACUCGGACAAGCAGACAAUAACUUUCUUUUACAGAUUAAAAUUGCUGUGAGCAACAGCUAUGGUGACACCGUUUACACUAGUGCCACUGUCAGGGUUCAGCAUGAGGAUAUAAGCAGUGGGAACCAGACCUUGCAGGCCAUUAUUUCAGAAAAAUCAAACAGCAUCCUAAAAGGAGAGAACAACAGUAUGUCUCUGUUCCAGUUGUACAAGUCAGUAUCUUCUGUACUUAAUCAAGAGACAAGAGAAGAGAGUGUUAAUUCAUCUCUGCGGACAGAUACACGGAAAGAGUUACGAGAGCUAAUGCUGACGACCCUCUCCGCUGUUAAUGUAACAUCAAUGCAGACAGCUCUUAAGAUGUCAGAGGUGCUCAAAGAAAUCACUUACAGGAGUGAAGAGCUCUCUUCCUCUGCCCAGGUGGAAGCAGGUCAUACUUUGAAGGAUGUCAGUGAAUCUUUGCUGAUUGUGAAUACCGAAGAUGGUGAAGAUGACCUGAAGCGCAAGGAGGCUGCCAGCUAUCUGUUCAAUGCAGUGAGCAAUGUCCUUGAAGCUACUGCACAAAAUGAGACAGACGAUGCUUCCGCACCAGAGACUGCACAGGGUUUGGUGUCACAGCAGCUUCUAACCACGAUUGAAAACCUCCAGAGUGCUCUCUUGAUUGGGAAAUUGCCUGACAACGAACCCCUGGUGCUCACAGCCCCCUCUGCAGCCAUGUACAUCAACAGGUUGCAGACAGACAAUGCAGGCAGCACAUCCAUUAAUAUCUCCAGCUCCAGCUCUGCCAGCUUCACUCUGCCCUCUGCCUCUUCUCUCAGCAUCUCAGGAGACAGCGAUGAGACAAUGGACAUCAGGAUGGUGAGCUUGUCUGUGAACCCCUUUUCGGCAAGUGACAGCUUUGAUAUCCACGGCGCUGUGGCAGGUCUCACCCUCACCAGCCUCGGUGGACUGGUCAUUCCAGUUCAUAACCUUACAGAAGACAUUGAGAUAAUGCUGCCACGGAAUUCAGCAAUGCAAGAUGGUCUGAGUGUGAUGAAUCUGGGAAAUCUCAGUGCUCUCCAAGUCAACGUGACUUCAGUAAACUCAUCUCUAGUGAUCCAUCUCGAACUGGACCAAGACAUUCCACUCAUCCUAUAUUUGGGAUAUGGCUAUCAUCCCAACGAGACUGACUAUGAAUUGAUGACACACCUUCCUCACAAGAGAAACACUAGAGAUAAGGUCUAUUCUUGGAUCCUUCACCCAGAAGACCUUGUUUUUGGAGAAGGGGAAUACUAUUUUGUAGUGAGACCAGAAACAGAAUUGGAACCCCUUGCCACCCAUGACAUAAAUAUUUCCAUCACUUGCUUUGUGUCUCAGUGCGUAUUCUGGGAUGAACACCAAGGGAAUUGGAACAGCUACGGAUGCCGCGUUGGGCCCAAAACAUCUCUCAAUGGCACUCAGUGUCUUUGUAACCACCUGACAUUCUUCGGCAGCUCCUUCUUUGUGAUGCCAAACACUGUCGACGUCAGCAGAACGGUGGAGUUGUUUGCCACCUUUGUGGACAACCCCGUAGUGGUGACAACUGUGGGCUGUAUCUUCCUCAUCUACCUGCUGGUUCUAAUCUGGGCCAGAAGAAAAGACAUCCAAGAUGAUGCCAAAGUGAAGAUAACGGUGUUGGAGGACAAUGACCCCUUUGCUCAGUAUCGCUAUCUGGUGACUGUUUUUACUGGACACCGUCGAGGUGCUGCUACAACCUCUAAGGUGACGCUCACUUUGUAUGGCCAGGAAGGAGAGAGCGAGCCACACCACCUGGUGGACCCCGAUACACCCAUCUUUGAGCGAGGAGGCGUGGAUGUCUUCCUCCUGUGUACGCUCUUUCCUCUCGGGGAGCUGGGGAGCAUCAGACUGUGGCAUGACAAUUCAGGAGAGAGCCCUUCCUGGUAUGUGAACCGUGUGCUGGUUCAUGAUACCGCCACUGAUCAGAAAUGGUAUUUCCUCUGCAACUCUUGGCUAUCCAUUGAUGUCGGAGAUUGUGUCCUAGAUAAAGUGUUCCCCAAAGCCACUGAGCAGGAUAUGAAGCAGUUCAGCAACCUGUUUUUUAUGAAGACCUCCAAGGGUUUCCGCGAUGGGCAUAUCUGGUAUUCCAUUUUCAACCGUUCACCACGGAGCUCCUUCACGCGAGCCCAGAGGGUAUCUUGCUGCUUCUCGCUACUUCUGUGCACCAUGCUGACCAGCAUCAUGUUCUGGGGAGUGCCCAAGGAUCCAGCUGACCAGAAAAUGGAUUUAGGUAAGAUAGAGUUCACAUGGCAGGAGGUGAUGAUCGGAUUUGAGAGCUCUCUUCUCAUGUUCCCCAUCAACCUGCUCAUCGUCCAGAUCUUCAGGAACAUCCGAUCUCAGCCUAAGAAAGCAAAGAAACCGGGGAAAAGUGGGCGAGUGUCUCCUGAUUUACCUGUCGCUCCUCAUCAGGCUCCUCAGAAUGUGUCACUCACUCCAGAGGCUGUGAUCAAGGAUAUCCGGCGAAUUGCCAACUCCCUGUUCAAAACCCUCAAGGCUCCCCUGCCUUCCCCAGGACCCGAUUUUGGCAGAUCGACCGACAUCAACAAGCUCUUGGCCUUGGUUGAGGAUGUUAUCUGCCAGCAGAACAGGAUCGGACAAGAAUUUUACACCGAGAGCAAGAAGAAAGACGACCCAAUUAUCAUCACUCUUGGCUUGGUGGAUUUACAAGGUAAGACCCCAACUCCAGAGAAAGGAGUGGGCGAAAGGCUGAAGCAUCGAGACUACAACCGUUGCCUCCACAUGCAGCUGCAGCAUGUGGAGAUGGAAAUGGAACUGCUGGGGCCUCAUAGAUUCCAGAACCCACAAAGCUACUCUCAGGCUGUAAGGCAGGUUCGGCACAUGAAAGUCUUCCUGGAAAGCCAGCUGUGCUCUGCAACACCCAUCAGCGAGAGGGACUCACCAACUCCCAGCUUUCCAGGAGAUCGUAAGAAGGAACCAACACCCAAAGGCUUGCCCUGGUGGUUUGUAUUCAUUGGCUGGUUCCUGGUAGCCAUCACCAGCGGCGUAUCCGGAUUCUUCACAAUGCUGUAUGGGUUGCAUUAUGGCAAGGACAACUCCAUCAAGUGGCUGAUCUCCAUGGCCAUCUCCUUCUUUGAAAGUCUUUUCAUCACGCAACCCUUAAAGGUUCUUGGAUUUGCUGCUUUCUUUGCUCUGGUUCUAAAAAAGAUGGAACAGGAAGAUGAGGAGAACACAUCUAUUGAUGGUCCAUUGUCUGCUCCAGGUGACUCAAACCCUAUCUUUGGGGCCCGCAGGGACAGCGGAAGCAACACCUACCAGCCUCCCCCUGCUACCGACAUUGAGAAGAUGAAAAAUAACCACAUCAAGGAGCAGAAAGCAUUUGCCCUGAUUAGAGAAAUACUGGCCUACUUGGGUUUCUUGUGGAUGUUGCUCUUGGUUGCCUAUGGCCAGCGAGAUCCUAACUCCUAUUAUCUGAACAAACACAUUGAGAACAGCUUCACGGAUGGAUUCCAAGACAUCUUCAGUUAUCAGGAUUUCUUCAAAUGGGCCAGAACUACCUUAGUCAGCAAUUUGUAUGGCCCACAUCGAGGUUUUAUCACAGAUGGCAACUCCAAGCUGGUGGGCAGUGCCCGGAUCCGCCAAGUGCGAGUGAAGGGCAACACUUGCCCAGUAGCUCCAAAACUGCAGCUGACGGUUGGUGAAUGCCGUGCUUCCUAUUCUUUUGACACGGAAGACGUGGCAGACUAUGGAGUGCAUUGGAACAUCUCUUCCCUGGAUAACUCUUCAGAGCUCAGUUCUGCGUGGCAGUAUCAGAGCCAGUCCAAACUGAGAGGGCACGCAAUCUGGGGCAAACUGGCUGUCUAUAGAGGUGGCGGAUAUGUGGUACACUUGGGGACAGAGGCCCACAAUGCCUCCAGAAUCCUCCAGUACCUCUUCAAUAAUGUCUGGCUGGAUACCUUCACGCGAGCCGUGUUUGUCGAGUUCACUGUCUACAAUGCAAAUGUGAACCUCUUCUGCAUCGUAAGCCUCAUGUUUGAAACCAAUGCCUUAGGGGCCCUUUUCACGCGGUCCGAGCUGCAGAGUGUCCGGCUUUAUCCAUACACGGAUGGCUUGCAUAUCUUUGUGGUAGCGGCAGAAGUAAUUUAUUUCCUCUUUGUCAUCUACUACAUGGUGGGACAGGGAAAGUUGAUGCGGGCUCUAAAAUGGAAUUACUUCUGCAGCAAGUGGAACUUGUUGGAGCUGGCCAUCAUCUUCAUCAGCUGGAGCGCCCUGCUGGUGUUUGUAAGACGGACAAUCUUGGGCUUGCAGGACAUCAGUUACUAUCAAGAGCAUAAGGAUGAGUUUGCAAGCUUCAAUCAGACGGCAACUGUUGAUGCAGUUCUGGGCUACCUGGUUGCCUUUCUGGUACUCCUUGCCACCGUGAAACUCUGGCACCUCUUGCGGCUGAAUCCCAAGCUGAACAUGAUCACCUCGACCUUGAGGAGGGCCUGGGGGGACAUAUCAGGAUUUGCGACUGUGAUUAUAAUCAUGUUCCUUGCCUACUCCAUUGCUACAAACUUGAUAUAUGGCUGGAAGCUGAACUCUUACAAGACCCUGUUUGAUUCUGCAGAGACAAUGGUCAGCCUUCAGCUAGGAAUCUUCAACUAUGAAGAGGUCUUGGACUACAACCCUAUUUUGGGGUCCUUUUUGAUUGGCUCCUGCAUCAUUUUUAUGACAUUUGUGGUGCUCAAUCUCUUCAUUUCCGUGAUCCUUGUGGCUUUCAGCGAGGAACAGAAGCAUUACCAGGCUUCAGAAGAGGAAGAGAUAGUUGACCUCAUGUUGAAGAAAACUUGCAGUUUCCUUGGAAUAAAAUGCAAAACUGACCAUACACCAGCCUAUGACAAGCAACUGGAAGGACCUGUGAGCAACUAACAACUGGUCUCAUUUCCUACUUCAAUUUACAACAGUUGCAGCUGCCUUUAGAUAUUGUGGCUCCCGUGUUUGUGAAAUGCUGUGGAAGAAAGCAGGAUUAUUUUCAUUGACUGAGGCCUUGACCUGCCCUCCAGUAAUUGUAUUUAAGAUGGUAGCCUUAAUCCUGUACUGAUAGAUGA